UUUGAGGAUGAAAGCAUGAAACUACGACAGCUGAAACUAGAGAAUCAGAGAGCUCUUCUAGAGAAGAAGCAGAGGAAGAAACGGCUUGAUCCAUUGAUGGUACAGCCAAAUCCUGAGGCAAAGCUGCGUAGGUCAAAGACCAAAGGGUGUGAGGAGCAGACUCCUUUAGUAGAAACUCCUACCCCUUUCCACAGUGAUGUUAUGUUACAUGGCAUCGAUGGACCAGCUGCUUUCCUGAAAUCGGAAGUGCAAGAUUUGGGGACCAAGCUCCAAACUCUGUCUGCUGGAUCUUCCAAAACAGAGGACAAUGCAGAUCAGGAAAAUGAUGGAGAGGCUCUAAUAGACCCAGCAAGCAAGCCAGAUCUGCAAGAAAUCUUACAAAAACGAGGAAUUUCAGGCAGUUUGAAUUUUGAUGAGGAGGACACAGAAGAGGAAGAAGCUAAUAAGAGACCAGCAUCUCAUUCAACGUGUCCUGAAUCUGAGAGGCCUAAUUCUGCAACCAGUGAGAAAUCUUUUGCAGAAACAGGUGCUUCCUGCAGUCCAUCCCCUCAGGCAGAUGCACAGCUGGGAGAAGUAGAGAACUUGGAGGAUUUUGCAUUACGCCCUGCACCCCGUGGUAUUACAGUCAAGUGUCGAAUCACUAGAGAUAAGAAGGGAAUGGACCGGGGCCUCUUUCCUACUUAUUACAUGCAUCUGGAAAGGGAUGACAACAGAAAGACAUUCCUUCUUGCAGGGAGAAAACGAAAAAAGAGCAAAACAUCCAAUUACCUCAUAUCUGUUGACCCAACUGAUUUAUCCCGGGAAGGGGAAAGUUUCAUUGGAAAACUCAGGUCAAACCUCAUGGGAACUAAAUUUACAGUCUAUGACCAUGGAGUUAGCCCAGUCAAGGCACGAGGUCUAGUGGAAAAAGCUGAUAUGAGACAGGAGCUUGCAGCUAUUUGUUAUGAAACCAAUGUGUUAGGAUUCAAGGGUCCCAGAAAAAUGUCUGUGAUCAUUCCAGGAAUGAAUAUGAAUCAUAAGCGAAUUCCAAUCCGUCCACGUAAUGAACACGAGAGUCUGCUGUCAAAAUGGCAAACCAAAACUUUAGAGAACCUCAUUGAGUUGCACAACAAAGCUCCAGUCUGGAAUGAUGAUACUCAAUCCUAUGUUUUGAACUUCCAUGGGAGAGUCACUCAGGCCUCGGUGAAGAAUUUCCAGAUUGUCCAUGACAAUGACCCUGACUACAUUGUGAUGCAGUUUGGUCGUGUAGCAGAAGAUGUGUUCACUCUGGACUACAAUUAUCCUCUCUGUGCUCUUCAGGCCUUUGCUAUUGGACUCUCCAGCUUUGAUAGUAAAUUGGCCUGUGAAUGA